CAUAAGAUUCACAAUCAUCUUGACUCAUGGUAUCACCUGCAGCUAUACAGGGGGAAAUCCACACAUUUCGGGUUCUUUUUUCCUGAUGGUUACAACCCAGUUGACACUAAAGUCAUUAAUUAACAACCACCGCAAAAGCCACACUAACCCCCCCCCCCCAAUCCCCACCUCACCAUCCAAAGUAACUUAAAUAACUAAAAAAAAAAUGAAUCGCUCUACUCAUUAAGCGCAUCUUUGACGUCACAACUCGUCAGUGUGUACUCUACGCAAACAUCCUGAGGAUAUAGAUACGGAAACCGACUAUAAAUUGGCAGUCGCUUCUUGCAAGACUGCAAAAUCGAACGAAAAUCCGCCGCAAUGAAGUUCCUCGUGUGUGUAGUGUUGGUGCUGUCGGCGGAAACCAUAAUAAGCAGCGCACAGCAAGUUUGGUUGGCCCCGUGCAAGGCCGACGCGGAUUGCGAUAAAAUUGUGAAUGCAACCUGUGUGAACGAGUUUUGCAAUUGCGGGGGCGAAUUCUUGGCUUGCCCCUGCAAGGAGGGAUUUAUUGCCGCGAAGAGCAAGAAAAAGUGCUUGAGGAGCGUUGGUACCGUUUUGGGUACUCGUUGCGAUAUCUCUGAUGACUGCAGUCGAUCAGAUCAGGAGACCAUGAAUGGGUUAGUGUGCUCAGAUGGACAAUGUAAAUGCGGGGAAAAUUACACCGAAGAAAACGGCCAGUGCAUAGGUACCAAUUCCGGUACUCCUUCAAGCACAUCGAGACUAAAAGACUUCGCAGUACCACCAGUGCUCCUCUUGAGCUUCAUCACGCUACUGUUUAGCCACAAUAGUUAAUUUAUGUCUAGCUUGUAGUUAUUUAUUGUAAAUAAACAAAUAAAACGCACUAUUACAACUUUAAUCAUCGUGGUACCACCAACACGCAUUCAAAUCGCCAGUUUAACCGAGAAAGCUUCAACUAUUCACGUACACAUUCCCUCUCUAUUUACAUCACUAAUUAAUCCAAGAUGUGCAAUAGUACCACUUAAGGAGUCGUCCUUGACUCCAACCGCCCCAUUUUAACCAUUUCUCCAUAUUGUCUGCAUAACCAUUUAGUCUCAUUCGGCGAUUCGGCAAGUUAACACUUAUGCAACACAGUCAAGGUUACCCAGUACUUAGUAGUACCGCGCUCAAAAUGUGUCUUCGGACGUUAUUGUGGCUUGCGGUACUCACCAGUGCUAGUGCCCAAGUGACGAACUUGCGGUCGAUCUUCCGCGACGGUACUAUCCCAGAUCCCGCACUGCAACCAGAGUACGACUUUGUGGUGGUCGGGGCUGGUUCUGGAGGCAGCGUGGUGGCGAAUCGUCUCACCGAAAACCCUCGAUGGUCGGUUUUGUUACUAGAAGCCGGAAACGACGAGAUUUUUCUGACGGAUGUGCCUCUCAUUGCGUCGCUUCAGUCGAUUACGGGGUACAACUGGGGGUACAAGAGUGUCAGGAUGAAAACGGCGUGCUUGGGGUUGGUGGAGGGACGGUGCAACAUGCCUAGAGGCAAAGGGCUUGGUGGUACCUCCAUCAUCAACUUUCUUUUGUACACCAGAGGGACCAAAAAAGAUUUUGAUGAGUGGGAGAAGCUCGGGAACCCUAACUGGAGCUACGACGACGUACUACCAUACUUUAUAAAGUCGGAAAAUUGUACCAAAUGUAACGAAAUCGACGAAAGGUACCAUGGAAAGAACGGCUACUUGAAUGUGGAACACCCAGGGUACGAGUCGCCCCUAGUUAAACAAUUUAUCAAGGCAGGGGAGGAUUUAGGUUACAAGAACGUAGACCCUAGUGGACGAACGGCGUUGGGUUUUUCGAAGGUGCUGGCUACCAUGCGCGACGGAACCCGCUGCAGCGCCUCCAAAGCCUUUCUUAAACCCAUCACCUCCAGACCCAAUCUCCACGUCUCCAUCCGGUCCCGGGUGACAAAAAUUUUGAUCGACCCUAACACUAAACAAGCCGUGGGGGUGGAAUUCUAUAAGAAUCGCCGCAAACACGUGGUGAGGGCUACCAAGGAGGUGGUUUUGGCGGCGGGGGCUAUCAACAGCCCCCACUUGCUUAUGCUUUCGGGGGUAGGUCCCGAAGAUGUUCUAACAAAGGUGCGAAUUCCCGUUAUCCAGAAUUUGAAAGUGGGGUACAACCUCCAGGAUCACAUGGCUAUGUCUACGCUGGCCUUCUUACUAAAUGAGUCGGUGACGGUGUCCGACCGCAGUGUCCAGAACCCGGUGGACAUCUUCAACUACUUGUUAAACGGUCGAGGACCUUAUACGAUUCCCGGGGGUGCCGAAGCUUUGGGGUUUGUGCAGACGAAGCUGUCGAAGGUCGAGGAUUAUCCAGACGUGGAGCUGGUUCUAGGAGCGGGGGCGCUGAAUGGGGAUGUCUUUGGGAGUCUGAGGAGUCUGUUAGGGAUUCCGCAGGGUUUGUUCGAUCGGGUGUACCGGCCCUUUAUGCAAGUACCAGCGUUUAGUAUCGCGGUGGUACUGAUGAGGCCGAAAAGUCGCGGCAGGGUGGUACUCAAAGAUGGAAACCCGUUUCAUUGGCCGGUCCUAGUACCCAACUACUUUGAAAAGGAGGAAGAUGUGAAGGUUAUGGUUGAGGGGAUCAAAAUGGCAAUUUCCAUCAGCCAAUCCGAACACUUCAAGAAAUACAACGCCACCCCAAACCCGAUCCCGUUUCCGGGCUGUGAAAACACCCCCUUCAACAGCGACAAGUACUGGUCUUGCGCGGUCCGCCAAGUCGCGACCACCUUGGGUCAUCAAGUAGGCACCUGCAAAAUGGGCCCCAACACAGACCCGGACUCAGUGGUGGACCCAGAGCUGAAGGUCCAUGGUAUCAGGGGACUGAGAGUGGUGGACGGGUCCGUAAUGCCCAACGUUGUGGCCGGGCACACCAACGCGGUCAUCAUGAUGAUCGGAGAAAAGGCGUCAGACAUGAUUAAAAAAGAGUGGGGUUGUAAAUAGCGAGUAGGAACAUAAUAAUGCUGACGUCACAGACUAUGGUGUGUCGAUGUGAUAAUAAGCUACCCAGAGACAGUCACAGUUUAUACGCUUACUUAAAUAUAAGUUUAAUGUAAUAAAUAAUACAAUGUUGUUCUAUGUCA